GUGCCAGCCAAAUGAAAGGACGCAUGCCGAAGUCACCCAUAACAUGGCAUAUCGAUACAGAUGCAUAUCAGCAUUCCUCGUGUAAUUACUAUCACUGACGACGUAAAAUCUUAGAAAUGCUUGUCGUUUAUCUUGUUUUUUAAGUUUUACUUUACUUUAUUUCUCUCAAAUGAAUUAUUAUACUGCAAUUUACCCAAGUCUUUAUUCCAGUUGUAUAACUCUGCGCAAGCUUCCCCUUGUUUAGGUGGAACUCAUUUGAAAACAGCACGGAUGCUAAUAUAACUCCCCUGUACAUCUGUCUCGGGUUCAAGGCAUAAAAAGUGGCCUGUGCUGACCUCUGCCCUGCCCCGAUUUUGGCAGAUGGAGCUGUUGCCCUGAAGAUAAUUAAGGAUAAGGAAAUUCCUCAUGACACGAGUCGAAGUUGGGCUAUUGUCUGCCCAGACUUCUUGGAUACAAAGCCGCAGCGCGUGCCGCUCAUAGUCUGGCCCAUACAUUAGUCGUUUCGCUUAUUAUGUUUCAUUGUACAAUACAGUGUAACAUUCACGUAUACAUAUAAAAACGCGUUUCAACAAUGAUAUAAUUGCUGACGAAUAAUAUAAUGCAAUUGCUUCGUCCAACCCAGAAGAAAUGGCUCAUUUCGAUAGAAAUUGCUAUUGAAAAUUAUGCUAAAGAUUAAGAUAAAAAAUAUAUUACAAAAAUUAAGAUUAAAACUACAAAACUUUAAUGUAAGUUUUAUAGUAAAGUAUAUUUAAUUACAUACGUUUUAAUUUGCAUGAUACAUAUAAAUAAUGCACAAUAACAAUUAGAUACUUCAGUGUGUGGAUAUUUUUCAUUACAUUUAAAGUUUGUUUUUUUACUAUGAUUUAUUAAUGGGUUGGUCUAUGGGCACGCGCCUGCCCUCAAGUCAGUCGAUUGUACUAUCGAGCCAAUCAGAGCGAGUGCGGAAAGUCAGCGUCAGGGGAGGGAUUAUAAAUGCUGACUCCAGGUGACAUUCGCCACAACGCUCUAUUGCACUGUCCGCCUGCUGCCUGCCCAUACUUCGCAGUCAGCAUGCAGAGCACAGGAAAGACUUUGAGACAGGCUCUCAUCUCAGCUCAGUCCGAGAGCCGACUGACUAUUGGCGUGUACGAAUCUGCGAAAAUCAUGAACGAUGACCCGGACAGCGUGUCGUUUUGCAUACUGGCAACCGACGAGGAAUACGAGUGCGAUAUCGCCCUUCAGAUCCACUUCACCCUGAUCCAGGCUUUCUGCUUCGACAACGACAUUAACAUUGUCCGAGUGAACGACAUGCAGCGACUUGCUGAUAUCAUCGGCGACAAGUCCGGAGAUGUUGAAGAUGCGCACUGCGUUCUGAUCACGAACCCAGCUGAAGGUUCGUGGGAGGACCCAGCCCUGGAGAAGCUGCACCUGUUUUGCGAGGAGAGUCGCAGAAUGAAUGAAUGGGUGCCCGAAGUAACUUUCCCGGAGCGCUGAAAUGGGUCUUAAUAUGGAUUCUGGGAACCUGAAGGAAUUAAGCUGUCAUCCGAAAAUGGGAGGGUGAGCUCAACCCUGCACAUCGCUGGAUGUUUCCGAAGAGUUCAGUUCCAGGAAGGGCGAGAGUAUGCCGUAGAGCUCCUAGCGGUGGUCGGUCUGUGCAGAACGAGCCAUUCGGAUUGGGGGUGUAUACCGCAAAUGCGUUGUCGAUCUCGCUUUCCCAAGGACUCAAGUUCUGUAGUGUACAAGGGGUGAUUGGACAUUGUGUAAGCUACUGAAAGGCUUCGUGGAAAUGUUUACUACACAAUGUUGGACUGGCGUCGAGAACGUGAAACCGACAACAUGGAAUGCGUGGAUGGACAUGAAAGUUACCGAGGAAGGAAUCUGUACAAACCGAAAGACGUGUUUGCUGUUUUGCUGGCAUAACUGAUAUCGUUAUGAAUUUUAAUUGAAAUGGCACCCAUGUUUAACUUUAAUGACCAAUAAACAUUAAAAAAA